AUGGAGUCCCCAGAGUUUCACAAGCUUGAGGGCUUGACAUUGAAGCUUUUGAGAGACCACAAGGCAUUCAGCUCUGAAGACUUCAUGCACAUACACAACAUUGUGUACAACCACUGCACAGAAGUGUGCACAACCUUCCAGACAAGAGGAUUGAAGGUAUACGAGUGCCUGAAGAAGGUGCUUUCUGCACAUGUAGACCAUCUCAGAUGCUUUACAUCUCUCAAAACGCUCCACCACCAGAUGGACGAGUUCUCAAGUGCAUUGGCGAUUGCGUCGAAGGCAUACUCGUACCUCGAGCGGUAUUUUGUGCGCAUCAGCAUUGAGAAGCGAGACGGACACGUCAUGGACAUACGCACACUGGGAUACGUUGUGUUCUACAGGCAAUACAUGGAAAGGAUGAUGGAUAGAGCGAAGGAGAUUGUUUUUUUCGAAAUAAGCGUUUCAAGGAGCUCGAAGGACUAUGUGUUUGCAAUGCUUGCGGAGACCGUCAGACACCUGAGGAUGCUGUACUUCUGCAACGAUGAGAGCGAGAAGUACAAUGAGAUGGUCAAGCAGUAUGUGGAAGUGUUCCGCAGCUCGAUGAACUUUGAUGCAGAGAUUGGCAAGGUUCUGAAGAGGGUGUACCUGGAGAUAUACAUUGCAUCAAGGGUUUUUGAGCCUGAGAGCAACAGGCUGUACAAGGAGGUGAUAUUUGGGCUACGGCAUAGGUUUGGAGAGAUUCUGAAGGCAAUGCACAGCAAGAUGGAGAGGCAGGAGCGAUUGAAGCUGUAUGUAAAGAUAGUGCAGUUUAUGGAUUCUGAAUGCAUGGAUGAGGUUUUUGAUCAAUAUAAGAGCGUGGUAUGCAGGAAGGCGAAUGCAGUUGACGGACUGAGUGCGCUUGUUGCACUGUACAUGAAUGUGCGCAUGCAUGUGGCUGAGAACUUCAUCAAGACGGAUGAGCUGUGCAGGCAUCUCGAUGAGGAGGCAGCAAGGUGCCUUGGUAGGCUCGGCACGAAUGCUGAGGAUGAUGUAUGCCGAUUCAUUGAGGAUUUGCUGAGGACGAAUGCAAAAGCAAAUAGCACAUGCAAUAGCAAUAAUUGUUUAUGCAGGCACAUAACUGGGAUGUGCAAUGGAUUGCAGAUGGAGAGCAGCAUAGACGAAGUGAUUGAUGCAGUGGCCAUACUUGUUGGAUUGAUGGGCAGCAGGGAUGCAGUGAUUGAGAAGAUCAAUGGUGUUGUACAGCGGAUGCUACUGGGAUACUGCGCUGAGCCAACGAAAGUAAAAAAGCUGAUGUAUGCAGUGAAGAAGCACCUAGGUACGAAUAUGAGUAGGAAGAUCUAUGUGAUGUAUGCAGAUUAUAUGGGAAGCACCAGGAACGAGCUUGAUAUGCAUGCACGGGACGAAGGAUUUGUUGUUGAGGCACGGUUUCUGACACGAGGGUUUUAUGAUGUGAGUGCAAGCGGAGAAAGUCUUCCAGAAGCAUUACGAGAUGCAGAGGAGGCUGUUGCGCGACUAAAGCUUGCAAAUUAUCCGCGAGCAGUGUAUGAAGGAUGCUACAGCCUGUCGCCUGUGGUAUUUGAGAUAAAUGGAUUCAACUUCCGGAUGGGAACAGACAAAGUGGCGAUUCUAAUGUGGCUGGACACUGAUAGAAGCAAGGAUGAGCUGAAAGAGUGUGUUGGAGGAAGGGGAUUUGAGAGGAAUCUUGAGUAUCUUCUUUCGCAUGGGUUUGCUGUGCUUGUGGAUGGGAAUGUUUCUCUGAAUAGGAUAUUUUCGAGUGGAGAGUAUGAGUAUGUUAAGAGCAGAUGCAAGAGGGUUUGCGUGAUGGGGCCUGAUUGUGAGCUUAAGGAUGCACUGUGCAGCAAUGAAUUUGAUGCAUGCAGCGAAGAGGUGUUGGAUCUGUUUGAGAUUGAGGAUGAGGAAGGAGUGGCGACUGAUGAGCAUUUGGAGGAUGAGCAUUGUGGGGCAGUGGUAGAAGCAAAGGUGAUGAGGAUAUUGAAGAGGGAGAAGAAGAAGAAUGUAGAGGAGAUUAUUGCCAAGGUGUGUAGCGAGACUAGAUGUGAUGGCCAAGCAGUAAAGGAUGCGAUAUGCAAGCUUGAAGAGAAGGAAUACUGUAGGAUGAAUGGAGACGAUGCAGAGUAUCUGCCGUAG